AGGAUAUAUCCAUGUGAAGUGUGGUUUUAAUAAACAUUCCUGAAUUCAUUUGUUAUCGGUUAAUUAAGAUCUAUAUUAUGUAAUGUUAUUUAAUGAGUGAAGAAUAUUCUUGUCAUAACUCGAGAUAAGAUAAAAAUUCAUUGAAACAUUCAUAAAGUCGAACAAUUGAAGAAAGUCAAUUUAGUUAAUUUUUUGAGGAUUUGACCAAAGUAUAAAUGGUUCCAAUAACAAAAAAAUAUCAACGAAGUUCAUUCAAAUAAAUAAGCUUCAAUUUCAGUGAAUAUAAUGUCAAAGUGUAUCCAAAAUUUUUGGCCGCCAAAACUUGACAUGACGAAAGACGAAUGUCGUGGCGUUUUAAGACGAUUAGAAUUAGAUGCUUAUUCAAGUGUUGUGAGCACAUUUCGAGCGCAAGGCAGCUUAGACAAUAGUAAACAGAAUGUGUUAGAUCAAUUGAGACGGUGCUUUCACAUCUCCGAAGAUCGACACAAAGCCGAAGUGAGAAGGGUAGCAAACAGUGAAAAAUUAACUACAAUUUCCGAAUUAUUGAAUGGUAAAAGUUACGAUUUAGAGUGGAUUCGUGAGGGACAUCGAAAUUAUCCACUAAUUGGUCGAGCGCCUCCAUAUUCCGCGCUUCACAUCCUCGCUGACCAUGCUUCAAAAGCCGCAGCAAUUGAAAAUUCACAACUUCCACAUCCAUCAGACACAAAACGAUCACGUAUUGUGGACGGGGAAGCUGAUGGUAAGUCUGUUGUUACAGAAGACCCAACAUUACCGCCACCAUCGCCAGCCAUUUUUGGAAUUAAUCGAAAAGACCUUAAAAAGAGUUUCGAUAUCUCAGUGCUACAUCAAAGUUCACGAAAGAAACAUUAUCAACAUCUAAAGCCACCACCGCCACCAAAUGUGAAGAUUCAACAUUUGUAUCAGACAUUAAAUGCAAAACGACCACGUAAAUCACUUACAAAGAAAUCUCCAAAGGUUCGUGCCACGAAACAAUCACCGGGUCGAAUGCAUCUUCCUUAUCCGCCAGAUGAAAAGCAUUUUGAUGGUGCAGAACUUCAGAGACAUUUAACAUCGCAACUUAUGCCGCCACCAAUGAGUCCAAUGAAGUCUCCGUACGCUCCAAUUCUGCCAGCAGGAAAUAAAAAAGACAUGAAUCUGAUUAAAAUGAAUCAUCAAUCGAUGGAACCGCAAGCUCAUUAUAUACCGAAUAAUCCGACGCGUCUUAAGAAUGAGCUUUUGGGUGGUGAAACGACAAAAGGACGAACAGGACGUUCAAAGAGUGUUCACGUUCAAUCACGGAGUAAUUAUCAGACAAAAUAUGCGAACGGUUCUGGUGCUCGCAACAUGGAUCACAUUCCUGAUCCGCAAAUAAUCUUCAACACAACAUCUUCGAAAGUAGAACAAAAUUUAGACGCAAUACAUCAACAUAUGGAGCACAACAAUCAUGAUAUGGACUUAUCGACACAAGCAAUGGCAUCACCACUUCAAUUGCUUUCAACAGCUGCCAGUUGUACACCAAAAUUAAAAGUAACAACUCCACUUCAUCAUCAUCAUCAACAACCACAGCAACAACCGACAACAUCUCAACCAACACCACCACAAAUCCCAUCGCAAAAUUCUAUAAAAACAGUUCCAAACAGAGCAAUAAAAAUUAUUCCAACAAAUACAAAACCAGUGAUUAUAAAACCAGCUGAAACAACAAUAAAGCCAUCAUCUCAACAAUCAAUUAUCACUUCACAACCUUCGAAGUUUAAAAUUCAGAAAAUUCAACUUGUUAUGAAUAAAAGUCAAGAUGGAACGCCAACAACAGCGAGUUUAUCGCCGUCAGCAACAAUUGUUAGUGGUAAAGCAGGACAAUUAGUGUUAAGUGGUAAAGGUAUUACCAAUUCUUAUCAGCUUGGUGGAAAAUCGCCAUACACAAUUGUCAGCCAUAAUCCUAAAGGGCCGCCCGGCUCAAAAGUUAUUGUACAAACAAUUGACAGGAAUUUUACGCUUAAAGAUUCAUCACCUGAAUCUCCAAUUCCUGAGAAUCAAAGGAUAACAGAGAACACUCCAAUUGAUUUCCUGCCAUCGACAACGGGAACGACGAAUUUUCCCAAAGUCAUCAUUCACAAAUCACCAACUUCAUCAACAUCAACAACAACUAAGCAAAUAAAACUCAAACUUGGAACGAGCAUUGUCAAUCCGAAAAUCAUCAAAGGACCGAUUCCAGCCAAUUUAAAGAUUCAAAGAAACAUCAAUACGAAGGGAUUUACUGUUGUAAACAGCUCACAAUUCCUUCAACUUCAAACAUCGUCGACAGCAACGACACCAGUGACACCAACAACAUCAGGUGAAGGUUCUAAAGUUGAUUGGGAACAAGAACUAGAUGAUGCAAAUCGAACAAAAGGCGGGAAAUCAACAACAAAGAGCAAUGGUGCAGGUUCGCUUGCGAAGAAGAUUCGAUUAGAUGAAAAGGAAGCGAAUGAAGGAAAUAAAAAUGAAGCUUCUGAAUCCGAUAACAAUAAUAUGAUUGUAGAAACUGUUGAUAUUGUAGAUCCAUCGUCAAAUGUCGUAGUAUUUGAAAAUCAACAACAAAUUGAUGUUGUUGCUCCUGAAUCAACGCAAACAACAAAUAUCACUGACAUUGUCUCGGAAUAUGUUUUCCUAAAUCAUGAAGAAGACGCAACAGCGACAGCUUCAACAACAGCAACAAACACAAAACCAGUUGAAGAGUCGUCACCGGUAAGUACAAGCACAAUAAACGGUGAUGGUGGUGCAGAGGUGAAUGGACAAGUUAACCAGGAACGACCACCACAAAAUGGCGCCGAAGCUUAUGAGAAUCUUGUAAAAAGUCUGACUGAAUGCGACAACGAUUACAUGAAAGAUAUGGUCGACGAUUCAGAAAUGAACGAGAAUUUCGGUCUCAUUGACGGGAAUAUUCUUGAGAAUUUCAGUUUUAAUCGAGAGUCAGGCUUGUUUCAAUGAAAUGACAACACUUUAAUGUAAAUAUAGGGAAAAGUGCAUUCGAGCACAAACAUUUAUCCGAUCAUGAAACGAAAAAAAUAAGAAAAGAAAAAUUAUGAAGUUUUCCUCUCGCACCAAUUUGCUCAUUUAAUGUUAAAAGAAAAAUUUUUAAGAAAAAAAGAAAAAAAAAACAAAACAUGAAAAUUUAGUGAAAUAUUUUAGGCGAAAAACAAAACAACAGAAAAUUAAGAGCACAUGAACUUUGAUCAAUGUACAACAAAUUCUUGGGGCAAGCUCCGAGACAACAUUUUAUUUUAUUAAAUGUCCAAAAAAAGAAAAGAAAAACGUCUGAAAUUGAGAAAAAAAAACAGGAAAUUUUUUGCAGUUGUUUACUAAAUAUUAAUUUAAUUAUUCAUCUAAGCUGUAAAAAGCUGAAAAGUAAAGAAAGAAAAAAUUAAUAAAAGAAGCAUAAAUGUAAAUAUUAAUAAAACGACUUCUUCUUAAGAAGAAGUUCAAACUUUGACAUUACUUUAGAUCUUUAGUUGCAUCACAUUUUUAAAAGCGAAUUAAUUUUUCUUUUACAUCAUCAAGUGGAAAACAAAGAAGAAAAAUUGAAAAUGUUGAUGAAAAUUAAUUUUUAAGUGAACAAAAGAAAAAAAUAUAAGCAAAUAAAAGCAUGCAUUUUAAUUUCUUAUUUCUUAUAUCAUCAUUUAUGCCAUAAGAGAGUUAAAUAAUUAAAACCAACAUUUGAGAAAGGAAGAAGGAAAAUUGUUAAAAAAUAAUUGUUGUAGAUGAUAAGAAAACAUCUUUCGAUGUAAACGAAAAUCGCA